AUGGCGCAGCUCGUCCUGGGCUCACGUCCUGCUAGCGCGCCCCGACCGGCAUCGUCGGCGGGAACAAGGCCAAGGUCUCAGCCGAGGUCGCCCCGGAGGACGCAGCCGAGCACGGGCGUCGGGGGGAGGCCGAUGAGGAGAGCCCCCGCGCCGCGACGUUGUCGCCUGCGUCUGCCGCUCAGCUCGAGUGCGGCAGAAUCACCUUCUCUUCCUCGCUCAAGGCAGACGUAUUAUCUGAUGCAGUUUUCUGAGACGAAGGCACUAGGCGAUGCUGUUGGAUUUGGGUCUGCCUUUCUGUUUGCUUCUGUGUUUGGUACCAGGCUGUACAAUACCCGGAAGCUGGUGCCAUCUGGCCUUCUUUCAGCACUCUCUCUAGGUGCCCUGGGAGUCUUCUACGCUGCUUACUUGCAAGACAAGGUGUGA